CUUUAUACGUUAUCAAUGCACGUGGUGGCUAAUCAACCCCUCAUGACAAACUCCAAAUUGCGCCAUCCAGAUCACGUCUUACGAACCUACACAUAACAGCCCAUCACAAGCCAGAAACCACGCGGAUGUCUCGCGCCGAAACAAGAAAAACACCUCAGCUUAUCAAUAUGAAUCACGUCUUCACUUCCCCCAAACCCAUAAGAAACCCGACAUGUCUCGAGUAACUCACCAGCAACGUAUCCAAGAUGGCAGACUCGUCCAACGCGCCGCUGCUUCAAUCGCGCAGCUCAUACGGUUCGACUGAUAAGACCUCUUCGCACCAUGAUAGUGAAGCUGCGGGAGAAAUACACCCGAGCCGAGAUGUAGAAGACGAUGUCCUCCCUGAAACGUCGACCAUUGGGAGGAAUUUAUCAUGGCAAAGCGCUUAUAUCCUCGUUAUUUCGCGCGUCGUCGGCAGCGGUAUCUUUGCGACGCCGGGAACAAUCGUUCAAGCCGUCGGAAGCGCAGGACUAUCGCUAUCGCUAUGGAUAAUCGGCGCGUUUAUCGCAGCGUGUGGUCUUGCGGUAUCGCUCGAGUUUGGAUGUAUGCUUCCUCGGUCGGGAGGCGAUAAAGUGUACCUUGAGUUUGCGUAUCGGCGACCGCGACUACUUGCGUCUACGCUGUUUGCGAUGUAUGCUGUGCUUCUGGGAUUCACGGCGAGUAAUUGCAUUAUUUUUAGUAAAUACGCGUUGUUUGCGCUGGGAGUAGAAGCGACGGAUGUGUUGAGCAAGAGUCUUGCCGUUGGACUUCUCACGUUCGUUUGCAUCACACACAGCGUUUUCCCCAAAGCAGGCGUCAAAAUACAGGAUGUGCUGGGCUGGAUCAAAAUCGGCAUCAUCGUCUUUAUGAUCCUCUCGGGCUUCUACGUCGUCAUCUUCCGUCCCGACACAAGCACGGCACCGCUUACGCACCAACUUGCGUGGGAACAUCUUUGGGAAGAGACGAGCUGGAACUGGGGCGUUAUUGCAACGAGUCUUUUUAAGGUGUUUUACUCAUUCGCGGGGUUGGACAAUGCUGCGAAUGUUAUGAAUGAAGUCAAGCAGCCUGUGAGGACGUUGAGGUCUGUUGCGCUGACAGCACUGGGGACGGCGUGUGGAUUGUACAUGCUUGUUAACAUUGCGUACUUUUUGGUCGUGCCGAUUGAAGAGAUUAGAGGGAGUGGCGAACUAAUUGCUGCGUUGUUCUUUGAGAAGUUGUUUGGGGAGAAGUUUGGAAGAGUUGUGCUCCCGACAGCUGUGGCAUUAUCGUCAGUCGGAAAUGUCAUGGUCGUCGCUUUCGCACUGGCACGAAUGAAGCAAGAAAUCGCAAGACAAGGCUUCCUCCCAUACUCAUCCCUCCUCUCCUCCUCCCGACCGUUCAACUCUCCCAUGGGCGGCUUCGUAAUCCACUACAUCCCCUCAUUCCUCGUCAUGAUCCUGCCCCCCUCUGAUUCGAUUUACUCUCUCAUCCUCGACAUCGACGGAUACGCCGCGCAGCUCAUCGGGCUAGCCGUAGCAAUCGGCCUCGUAAAGCUCCGCUUCCAACGUCCAGACCUCAAGCGACCGUUCAAAGCGUGGAUGUCCGCGGUGAGUAUUAGGAUAGCGAUGAGCUGCGCUUUAAUAGCGGCCCCGUUCUUUAGACCGCCUGACUACGAGGGGCAAGUGUUUUACGCGCUGUAUGCGGUGUUUUCGUGGGUUAUUCUUGUGGGUGGUGUAGGGUAUUGGUAUCUCUGGACGAGGGCGGUGCCGAGGUGGAGGGGCAUGAGAUUGCAGGAGGAGACGUGUGUUUUGGAGGAUGGGACGACGAUCACGAAGCUAGGGUAUUCUUACAAAGAUCGGAAUUCGGAAGAAACGGUUGAUGUGCAUUGCAGAUGAAGAUGCCGAUCACUUAAGUCCGAGACAUCCUAGAUAGAGAUCACAAAAGAACAUAUCUUCAAUACUUAGAUAGAGAUCUGAUCCUAAACUUAGACAAGAGUUGUAUAAACUCAUCAUAAUACCCUAAAUUUAGGGUAAAUAUUACAGUGAAGCAAACCUCGG